UUAUCCGAAAAAAUGUAGGAGGAAUCAAUUCUCGGAAAAGCUUCCAUCAAACAAUGAAGAACAGAAUUAUGACUUAUUUGAGAAAUGCCUGAGUCAAAUAAUUUCUGGAAGGGAUUCAAAAGAUUCGAAUUCCAAUGUUAUUCAGGCUGGAGCAGCAUAUUUGAAUGAACUCAGCAAAGGAGAUCCUGUAAAAGCCUCUCUUGUGAAUUUGGUUCUAAAUCACUUUCAGGACACCCAUAUUAAUAAAUUCCAUCCUUAUAACACUUGUUUUCUGCAAUCUGAGAUUCCGGAAUACUUCUGCUGUCAUGGUGGUUCAUCAGUUCCAUUCCAUCUACCUCAAAAUUUGAAUAAAAACUCUGAUUGGAUUGGAAUAGCUCUAUGUGUUGUUUUCACUAUCAACAAGAAUAAUGAACCUCUCAUCCACGACAAUCCGGCGGGCACAGAAAUUCCUUAUACCCUCACAUGUAAUUUGGCAAGCAACAAAGGCUUGGAGAUGAUAAUUUCCCAUUUUGUAAAUACCAAGUUCGGAAACAAUAGCUUCAUUUGGCUAUCGUAUAUUCCACGUGCUGCUUCGUUUUCAGAAAGUUUGAAUGAAUGCGAUCACCUGCGGGCCUUCUUUUACAGUAGUAGUCAAGACUUGAUUCUGCAGAAGUGUGGGCACAAACUUGUAUAUUUGGACAACAUGGCAGAGUUAGUUGGAACAAUAGCUCAAUGUGCAGCCACGUGUCCUCACUAUUCCAGCCUCUUCAGUCAUGAGUUCGAAGGAGAUGAGGAUAGGAGUGAUAAGCAAUGUCGUAUUGAUGAUCAUGAGGAGGAAACCAGCAAAAGUGAUAGCUCCGAUGACUUAAAUCCCAGCAUACUGAACCAAAAGAUGAGAAGAUGUAUAAAGUUUCUGCAUAAUCCCAGGAAGGAAUUUCAUUUUUUCUUUUCAAGUGAUCACUGUUUCCCUCCAAUUAGUGAGAUUCCAGACUUCUUAACCUAUCAAGGCAUAGGACCUUCAGUGACGAUCGAGCUACAUACAAAUAUGCAUAAUGAUUCUGAAUGGGCGGGACUUCUUAUUUGUGCUUCAUUUACAUUCCAAGAGAAUCAAAUUGAAUUUCUUGAAAGUCUGGAAUCAGAAAUUCCUCACCACCUUAUAUGUUUUUUUGACACGGAUAUAGAUAGUUUGAGACCUAUCCAUGUAUACCGCACUGCCAAGCAAGAAUUCAAGUGGUUACAUUUACAUGGAUUUGUUUGGCUAUUCUAUAUACCAAUUUGGUGGCUUCCAGAUAGAAUACAGUGCUGCAACCACAUAGAGGUUUCAAUUAUGAGCGAUUGGCCUUGUUGGAUUGUGAACAAUUGUGGUCUCCGUUUCCUUUCUACCCACGAUUCAGGAGAUCUUAUGCAAUUACUACUCCCCUUCCAGGCCUCGUUUUUUGACAAUUGGGGUCUUUUUCAUAAAGAAAUAUUGGAACAAGAUUGUACAAAACUGGAACCAUUCUCACAUCAAACAGAAGGAUGCACUUCAAUGGAUUCGGGUUUUUCUAGUAACGUUGAGUCUCACCCCACAAAGGCAGAGAACCAAGGCUACAAUUUGGAAACAUCAACCAUAUUUCUCAAACGAAAGCUUGAGACUGAUAUGUUUUCAACACUCUUUGAGGGGCUCCAAAACGAUUAUCAUGGAUAUUUCUUUCCUCAAGGUGAAAUACCAUCGUGGUUCAAUAAUCGAAAUGAUGGACCCUCAAUAGAAAUCCAGCUGCCACCGAAUUUGUAUAAUAACGAGAGUUGGAUGGGAUUUGCUGUAUGUGCUGUUUUGAGUUGUCCAGCUGACUCUCGCAACAAUUCAAAUCCAAAAACUCUUGCCGGUUGCAUUCUUCAUUUGGAUAGCAAUGAAGGUUGUUUGAAACCUGAUCUUGUCCUUGGCAUCCCCAGAUCCAUAUUGCUGAACUCAGACCAAUUACUUGUCGUACAUUACGUAUCACCAACGAUUCUUCCUAGCAAGCUAAACCAAUGGAGUUAUGUUAAAGCUGUAGUUGAAUGCAACAUCUCAAGUGUGGAGACUCAAAUGUGUGGGAUACGGCUAAUGUACAAACAAGAUGUGGAAGGGUUUGUUCAAACAAAGGCAGAGUGUGCAGUAGCUAUUCCAAACGACCAGCUUUGCUACUAUUAUUUAUCUUUCGUAGAUAAAUUGAACUUUUUGAAAACCCGUGGUAAUAGAACUAAAUUCAGGGAGCGCAACUUUUAUGCGUGUCACUCUCCCAUAAUUGAAAGGCGCUUUGAAUCCUCACCGAAACCUCCAUCUAUUUGUAAACAUAAAGCACUUCAACAAUGUUCUUCAUCAAAAACAUUCUCGAAUGAAAGAGUUUCAAAUAGCACUGCUUCAGGAAAUGGUGUUGAAAUAGUUCUACCACCUGGGUAUCUAGACUACACCAGUGACUCAGUUUUCUCAUUGAAAACAGAUUUUGAGUACUUCCUUCAAAAAGGCGUCACGGCCUUUAAUAUGUCCUCCACAUCCUGUAUAAGUACUGCUUAUUUGCCUCAGACAAAAGUUCCGGAGUGGUUCAACCAUCAAAGUAGGGGGGCGUUUGUGAAUAUCCAGCUACCUCCAAAUAUCAUGAAUGAUAGAAAUUGGAUGGGGCUUGCUCUAUGUGCUGCCUUUUCAAUCCACGAUGAUCAAUAUCCGACUGAUCUCUCUCGUGAGUAUCUUGAUUCCAGGGUUUCUCAUGAGCUUAUUUGUGGAUUGGAUACUGAUUUAGGUGGGUUGAUGCCUCUCAUUGUCAUUCGCCUUACUAAAGAAAAAUGCAUGUGGUUUUAUCUACGUGGAUUCCUUUGGCUAGCCUAUAUACCGCAUGGACUUCUGAGAGAUGGCUUGUGCAGCCCAUGUAGUCAGAUUAAGGCUUUAUUUGGAAACAAUUGCCCUAAUUUGACAGUGCAAAACUGUAGCCUCCGCCUUUUAUACCGUCAAGAUAUGGAAGAGUUUGAGGAAACAUUUCUCAAGUGCUUUACCCCACCUUUUCAGUACCAAAAUCGCGAGGUCUUCCAUAGAAACUUUGAAUACAGUUCUUGUUUCCUUCCAUGUGGAAUAACGGAGUGGUUCAGCUAUCACAGCAACGGACCCUCAGUGGGAUUUGAGUUACCUCCUGAUUUGUAUAAUGACAGUCAUUGGCUGGGGCUUGCCAUGUGUGCUUCUUUUUGGGUAUACGAGGAUGAUAAGGCUGCCCAUGUUAAAAUGUUGGAUUUAGGAAAUCCUCAUUAUCUCCUGUGUCUUUUGGAUACGGACAUUGGCAGUGUGGAACCUGAUCUACAUUCUCAUCGCCCAUUUACAGAGGAAGAAAUCAAGUUGGUACGUCAAGGUGAGAUAAUGUGGCUAUCAUUUAUACCAAAAGGAUCACUUCCAGAGUGGUUGAACCAAUGCACUCGAAUAGAGGCGUCCAUUGCUAGUGACUGCCCAAGCUUGAGAGUGCACAAGUGUGGAUUCCGUCUUCUGUACCAGCACGAUGAGGUUGAGUUUAAGGAAACAAUAAGGCACUGCAAUAAGCAAAACUGCCAUAAAGAUGAGACAACAUUAGUAACAAGACCCAAUUUUGAUCCCACGCUCCAAGACAAGGGAAAACGAGUUGUGCAAUAAUAAACUCACCUCUCAAUGAUUGGCAACGAAUUUUCUAUUGGCUCUGCUGCUCGUCUCCUUGGCUAUACUCGGUGCCUUUUGCCCUCAACUUUGAGGACAAUGUUAUUUGAAGAUGUGUACAAUGUA